UUUCUGAAGAUCACACAGCACUUCCUGAGGAGGAUGAAGGAGGAGGAUCUGGCUGACCGUCUGCAGAGCAGAAGUCCUGCUUCAGGUUAUGAAGGUAAACUUAAAUCGAACCUGAAGAAGAAGUUCCAGUGUGUGUUUGAGGGGAUUGCUAAAGCAGGAACCCGGACCCUUCUGAAUCAGAUCUACACAGAGCUCUUCAUCACAGAGGGGGGGACUGGACAGGUCAAUGAUGAACAUGAGGUCAGACAGAUUGAAACAGCAUCCAGGAAACCAGACAGACCAGAAACAACAAUCAGACAUGAAGAUAUCUUCUAUCCCUCACCUGGACGAGAUGAACCAAUCAGAACAGUGAUGACGAAGGGCGUGGCUGGCAUUGGGAAGACAGUCCUAACACAGAAGUUCACUCUGGACUGGGCUGAAGACAAAGCCAACCAGGACAUACAGUUCAUGUUUCCCUUCACCUUCAGAGAGCUGAAUGUGCUGAAAGAGAAAAAGUUCAGCUUGGUGGAACUUGUUCAUCAAUUCUUUCCUGAAACCAAAGAAGCAGGAAUCUGCAGGUUUGAACAGUUCCAGGUUGUGUUCAUCUUUGAUGGUCUGGAUGAGUGUCGACUUCCUCUGGACUUCACCAACAAUGAGAUCCUGACUGAUGUUACAAAGUCCACCUCGGUGGAUGUGCUGCUGACAAACCUCAUCAGGAGGAAACUGCUUCCCUCUGCCCGCCUCUGGAUAACCACACGACCUGCAGCAGCCAAUCAGAUCCCUCCUGAGUGUGUUGACAUGGUGACAGAGAUCAGAGGGUUCACUGAUGAACAGAAGGAGGAGUACUUCAGGAAGAGAUUCAGAGAUGAAGACCAGGCCAACAGAAUCAUCUCCCACAUCAAGACAUCACGAAGCCUCCACAUCAUGUGCCACAUCCCGGUCUUCUGCUGGAUCACUGCCACAGUCCUGGAGGAUGUGAUGAAGACCAGAGAGGGAGGAGAGCUGCCCAAGACGCUGACUCAGAUGUACAUCCACUUCCUGGUGGUUCAGUCGAAACUGAAGAACAUCAAGUAUGAUGGAGGAGAGGGGUCAGAUCCACACUGGACUCCGGUACAGCGGAAGACGAUUGAGUCUCUGGGAAAACUAGCUUUCGAGCAGCUGCAGAAAGGAAACCUGAUCUUCUAUGAAUCAGACCUGACAGAGUGUGGCAUCGAUAUCACAGAAGCUUCACUGUACUCAGGAGUGUUCACACAGAUCUUUAAAGAGGAGAGAGGACUGUACCAGGACAAGGUGUUCUGCUUCGUCCAUCUGAGUGUUCAGGAGUUUCUGGCUGCUCUUCAUGUCCAUCUGACCUUCAUCAACUCUGGAGUCAAUCUGCUGUCAGAGGAACAAACAACCCCCUGGUGGUCUAAAGUAUUCAGAGAUGAUCAUCAAUCAACACAGCUCUACCAAAGUGCUGUGGACAAGGCCUUACACAGUCCAAAUGGACACCUGGACCUGUUCCUCCGAUUCCUCCUGGGUCUUUCACUGCAGACCAAUCAGACUCUCCUACGAGGCCUGGUGACUCAGACAGGAAGUGGAUCAAAAUACAAUCAGUUAACGGUCGAGUACAUCAAGAAGAAGAUUGAAGAGACUCCCUCUGCAGAGAAAAGCAUCAAUCUGUUCCACUGUCUGAAUGAACUGAACGAUCGUUAUUUAGUGAAUCAGAUCCAAUGGUUCCUGAGUUCAGGAAGACUCUCCACAGAUGAACUGUCUCCUGCUCAGUGGUCAGCUCUGGUCUUCAUCUUACUGUCAUCAGAAGAAGAUCUGGAUGUGUUUGACCUGAAGAAAUUCUCUGCUUCAGAGGAGGCUCUUCUGAAGCUGCUGCCGGUGGUCAAAGCCUCCAACAAAGCUCUACUGAGCAGCUGUAACCUCUCAGAGAAAAGCUGUGAAGUUCUGUCUUCAGUUCUCAGAUCCCAGUCCUCCAGUCUGAGAGAGCUGGACCUGAGUGACAACAACCUCCAGGAUUCAGGAGUGAAGCUGCUGUCUGCUGGACUGGAGAGUCCACACUGUACACUGGAAACUCUCAGGCUGUCAGGCUGUCUGAUCACACAGGAAGGUUGUGCUUCUCUGGCCUCAGCUCUGAGAUCCAAUCCCUCUCAUCUGAGAGAGCUGGACCUGAGAUACAAUCAUCCAGGAGACUCAGGAGUGAAGCUGCUGUCUGCUGGACUGGAGGAGCCAGACUGGCGCCUGAAGACUCUCAGGGUGGAGCCUGCUGGACUCCGAUGGUUGAGACCAGGUCCGAGAAAGUAUUCCCGUGAACUCAAACUCGACACAAACACAGUGAACAGAAACAUCAAACUGUCGGACGACAACAGGAAGGCGACGCUGGUGAAGGAGCAUCAGUCAUAUCCUGAUCAUCCAGACAGGUUUGACUGGUGUCCUCAGCUGCUGUGUGGAACUGGUCUGACUGGUCGCUGUUACUGGGAGGUCGAGUGGAGAGGAAGAGUUGAUAUAUCAGUGAGUUACAGGAGAAUCAGAAGGAAAGGAGACAGUAAAGACUGUGUGUUCGGAUUGAAUGAUCAGUCCUGGAGUCUGAUCUGCUCUGAUGGUCGUUAUUUUGUCCGUUACAAUAACAGAAUAACAUCCUCCUCCUCCUUCUUCUCCUCCUCCGUCUCUGACAGAGUAGGAGUGUUUGUGGACUAUCCUGCUGGGACUCUGUCCUUCUACAGAGUCUCCUCUGACACACUGAUCCUCCUCCACACCUUCAGCACCACAUUCACUGAACCUCUUUAUCCUGGCUUUAGACUGUGGUCUGGGUCCAGGUCUGGUUCCUCAGUGUCUCUGUGUCCCCUGUAGGAGGGAGAGUCUCCUCCUGUUAGAGAAACACUGCUGAACAGAUCAGUUGAGUCUGUACAGGAUCAAUCUAUCAAGUUUUUGUUAUAAAUUCAUCAAUGAACUAAGUGCUUAAAAAAACAAGUAGACUUGCUUGAGCUUCCACAAGAUGUUUGUCCUCUCACCAAGAGGCGAGUGAGGGGUCUCAGGCAUUGAUCCUCUGGGCUGAUUGUUCAAACUUUGGGAGUCAUCUGGGUCACAUGAGUCCUGGUGUGAAUGGCUGUCAAGCUGCUGGGAAGGGUCUCGGGACUGCUUUGUUCCUGGCUGAUCAGUGGUGUCAUAGACCACCUCCUCUGUUCAGUGAUGGGUGCUUCAGUUUGACAUGAAUGGCCUUCUUCACUCCUCUUUCAAACCAUCAGUCUUCUCUGGACAGAAUAUGAACAUGAUUGUCUUCAGAUGAGUGUCCCUGUGGUUCAGGUGCAGGUGGACUGCUGAGUCCUGACCUGAGGUGUACAUAUACAUGUGAAAAAGAUGUGUCUGUAUUCAUGAUAACUUUGUGAGGUUUUUUUGUUGUGCAACUUUUCCAAAUUUGAUGCAAAAGAUGGAAAAACACCUAAACACCUAAAAUAAACCUCAAAAAGUUAGAACAGUAUGAAAUGAAAGAUAAUUUCUCUUUUUGUUUCAUCCACUGAGGUUGGAUUAAUGCACAGCAUGAAGAUUUUAUUUAUGUGGUGUUGGAUG